UUAGGGACUGUCUUCCGGAACUAAAGACACGUGUCACCAUGAUGAUGUCACAGUUCCAGUCUCUGCUCCAUAGUUAUGGUGAUGAUGUCCAGGAUAAGGCUCAGACACUAUUGCAGAUCAUUACAAAGUUCAAUGCUGCUUACUGCCAGACCAUUGAAGGCACAGCCAGGAACAUUGAGACAACAGAACUGUGUGGAGGUGCUCGCAUAUGCUACAUCUUUCACGAAACGUUUGGCCGCACCCUAGACAGCAUUCAUCCUCUUGCAGGACUGACACAGAUGGACAUCUUAACAGCAAUAAGAAAUGCCACUGGCCCAAGACCCGCACUCUUUGUACCAGAGGUUUCUUUCGAACUCCUGGUGAAGAGACAAAUCCGCCGUUUGGAAGAGCCGUCCCUCCGUUGUAUUGAGUUAGUCCAUGAAGAAAUGCAGAGAAUCAUCCAGUUCUGUGGGACUGAAGUCCAACAAGAGAUGCUUCGCUUCCCAAAGCUACACGAGAAGAUAAUAGAUGUUGUCACGCAGCUUCUCCGCAGACGUCUUCCUCCAACAAAUUCCAUGGUGGAGAACUUAGUUGCCAUCGAACUGGCCUACAUCAACACAAAGCACCCGGACUUCCGCCCUGAUGCCUCCCUGGCCUCCACCCUUGUUGCAGAUGACGAGAAGGCACGCAACAUCCCCGUGCGACGCAUCCAUGGUAAUGCCCCCUCGACCUAUGAACACGAGCAGCCCAAGCGUGGAGAGUUGAGGCAAGUUGACAACUUUGCUAAUAGGACAAACCAACUAGACUACAUGCAGAAUCCUAAGGACAUGAUGGUAGAUGGUUUCAUGGAUGCAACAAUGAGACAGAAUAUGACCCGCUUCAUGGGUGAGCAGGGUCUCCCCCGCCCUGCACUCCCCCUUGAGCCUGCCGCCUCAGCCAACAAGGACGGGGGGGCCAACAAUCAGAACUGGUUCUCGUCACUCAUCGCAGGGCCAAGGGCAGAGACCACGGCACCCAGCAAGGAGCAGUCUAGGGAGUCGUCGCCAAGUGCCACUCCUACGCACCAGCAAUUAGCUCUCUCGGCCUUUGACACCAUCAUUAAUCCUGACCAAGGAGUAGAGGUUGGAAAGGUACCAACACCCCCUGAGGGCGGCAUCCUGUCUCCACAGAAGCCAGUCAACUUACUCCCAGAGGUCCCUAUGCAGCAGACACGCAAGCUCACCGAGAGGGAAUCAAAAGACUGCGAGGUCAUUGAACGCCUAAUCAAGACAUACUUCUACAUUGUACGAAAGAGCAUCCAGGAUAAAGUCCCCAAGGCCAUCAUGCACUUCUUGGUCAACCACGUCAAAGACAAUCUCCAGUCUGAGCUCGUGAAGCAUUUGUAUCGCACAGAAGAGAUUGACACCUUCCUGUCAGAAUCCCCUGAGAUAGCUCAACGUAGGAAGGAAGCUGCAGAAAUGCUGAAGGCUCUUCAAAAUGCCAAUGUCAUUAUUGGGGAGAUCCGUGAGACCCACAUGUGGUAAUGAAGACUUCAGCAACAAGUUGGACAAAAUCAGUGAAUUCGAAUGUUGUCAUUUGAUAUGGUUUUCAUGACAGGAAGCAGCGGUACUCUCAAAGGUGUCUUUACAUUGUGUAACUGUGAAUGCAUUUUUUUCUUUUUUCUUUUUUUUUCUUUUUUUAUCUUUUUCUUUAAUUCUUUUCUAAGUUUAGGGCACACUAUGUUAUCAAUAUGUAACCAAUACACAUUUUUUCUGCACACAUUGUGGGUGUGGGAUGAUUUAUUUAUUGAUUUUCAUGUUGAUAUUGUAAAAGAUUUAUAUGUAUAUAAAUAUAUGAAAAAGGAGAUCUUAGUCUGGUACCAGAUCUUUGAUUUUUGGAUAUUUGAUAAAGAAGAGAAUUCUCAAGGAGUUCUAUAUUAUUUUACAUAACAGAAUAUUUGAUACUACAGUAUAUCCCUUGUGCUGCCUUAUGCUAUUCCUGACAGUUUAAUGUGAAGAUAUCGGCAAAUCUAGGUACUUACUCUCUCUCCAUAGCUGUAAUAUUCUGGGAAUGUGCAAGAGCACGUGUGCAAGCGUAAGUGCUAGUUUUAAGACAAACCAAAAAGGCAGACAUUCCCAUGACCCUCCCACAACCCUCCCACAUGAUAGCCUGUAGACCACUGGAAAGAUAAAAUAUAUCUAGUCAACAAUAUGGCUGUAUUUAGAUGGUAACAGACAACAUAAUUUACAUUACUCUUAUUUUUGUGAUUAUUAUAGGAUAUUAUGAUUUGCAUGACACAAUCCACCCAACUUUACAUAGACUGGAAUACAUACAUUAGCAACAGGUUAACUGCAGUUUCUUUGUUUUGUUAAUGUUUAGUAUACCCAGUGUCCACUCAAGUUGUAAACUCUGCCCAGUAUGUCCAGAAAUGCAAUUAUUGAUAGUAAGGCUGCAGAUCUUGUGUAGAUAUACUUUCCCUAUGUAUGUAUAUAGAUAGAUAAUUUGUAUUUUUUUUCUCUCUCUCUCUCUCAAUCACUAACAUAAAUUUUAGACAUAAUUAUUUUUUUUUUUUUGGCUUACCUUGGGUUGCCAGUUGUUCACAAAUUUACUUAAGAAACUAGAAGAAAUUUACCCAAGAUAUUAGAACAUGUUUCAGUUUAGUUGGUAAGAAACCCAAUGAUCAGGUGUUCCAGUGUUUCACAUAACACCGACUUGCAAUGAUUAUAGUACUUCUUUUAUAUUUAGUAGACGGGUAUGUUGUUGGUAAGCAUGUGCCCUUUGCUGUGUCAAUAUAGUAUCUUUAAUUUAUGAAAGAAAAUAAACUUGAGUCAGCUAUGGUAUUUUAAAUGUGAAUUGUUAUAUAUUUCAGCAGAAAAGUUAAAUCUUCUUAUAUGAAAGUUUUGGCCAUUUAGUUUACAUUUUGAAAACCAUACAUGGGAUGAAGAAAUUAUAAUGCCAAAAUUAAUUUUCCAAGAGCACAAAUAUUCCAAUUGCUAACUUGUGUAGAGGCAGUUCACUUAUAGAAAAUUCAGUUACUGUGAUGAAGAAAGGAAUUCUAGGGAAUACUUGAUGUUUACCACACAUACUAGCAAGGAAACACAGAUCUGAGAAGUGACUGCAAAUCCAUUCCAUACUGAAGGAUAAUGGCACCUAUAUUCCCUUUAUGAAUUUAGGAUAGGGUGAAUUAUUUAUCUUGUUGAUAAUACCUGGAUGUCUAUUUUCAGCUGUCAUUGUUAUUCAUAAUAUAGGAGAUACCAGAUAUUUUUUCUUUGUUCGUUGUGUGUGAUGAAUGUGCCAGUACAGUUUGACAUUUCCUUUGUGAUUAAUCAGGCCCGUUAGUAUUUGAUUUUUAGAUUUUUGUUUUUCUAAUUUUUAAUUUAUUGUAGAAUAAGUCAUUUUAAUAAUACUCGUAUAGGAUUUAGAAGGGAACAAACAUUUUGACUGAAUGAGAGUGCAUGUUGUGUGUUUAUGUGCCAUUAUUUAUACUGUGUUAUUGUAUAUCUGUUCAGUUAUGGGUUGUAUAUGAUGAUGCAGAACUAUGUACAAGUCUGUUUUUAAUUAUGAUCAGUGUAAAAUAGGGUUUAUUUUGUUCAGAACUGUAAAUAUUUGUUCCAUUUCAAUGGACAACACAAAGUGACCGAUACAUUUCAAUGCUUAGUUAGGUAAUGUGUGCUAUGUGCAGCAAGAAGCUAGCGCUCUUAUACGGAAAGUGGUCACGGAAAACGCAUAAGAAAGCUGAUAGCAGAAGUGCAAGGUUGUCUGUGAAGUCUGAAAUCUGCUGCUAUAAAUGAUACUUUUUAGCUUCAUCUCUUAAAACUUUUUCUUGUUACCAGUGACUUCAUUGCCUUUCUUCAUGGAAUUCCUGUUACUCUACAAACAGCUUCAUUCUUUGUGUAAAUAUUGCUUAGUAUUAUUUGUAAAAAUUAGAAAUAAAGGUGUUUGUUCACA